GUUAAAAGACGUGCGAAAUCGAGAAUGAAUUUGAAGCUGGCAAUUGUCUUAGCGACUUUAGUCGUAUCGGCAAAAUGUACCGAGGAAAAGGGAAAAAAAGUGUCAGUAGAACCUAAAGAAUCGGAGCCAUCGGAAGAUUUAACAAGAGCCGAAAAGAAGACGGAAAAACGUGGUCUGGUGCAUAGCUACGGUGACCUUGGUGGUGGAGGAGGAGGAGGAGGUGGUGGCGACGGAGGUGGUGGUGGAUCCUAUGAUCAUCACGAACAGGUGAAGACAGUAACGGUGGUGAAGAAAGUACCGGUACCUUACGAAGUAACGAAGCAUGUGCCUUAUCUGGUUGAAAAACACGUGCCUUACGAGGUGAAGGUCGGUGUACCACAGCCUUAUACCGUUGAGAAACACGUCCCUUAUCCAGUGAAAGUCUUUGUUAAGGUACCAGUACACGUACCUCAGCCGUAUACCGUGGAGAAGAAGGUUCCAUACGAAGUGAAGGUACCAGUGGAUAAGCCCUAUGAGGUGAAGGUUUACGUACCACAACCUUACACCGUAGAAAAACAUAUCCCAGUACCAGUCAAGAUACCAGUACCACAGCCCUAUACCGUUGAAAAACAUGUACCUUUCCCAGUGAAAGUAAAGAUACCAGUACCACAACCCUAUCCGGUUGAAAAACCAGUCCCAUACGAAGUCAAAGUACCUGUUGAUAAGCCUUAUCCAGUUCCAGUACCUAAACCUUAUCCAGUACACGUUGAAAAACCUUAUCCUGUACCUGUUGAAAAACCGGUGCCCUAUGAAGUGAAAGUACCUGUUGACAAACCAUAUCCUGUCACCGUUGAAAAACCUUACCCUGUACCAGUCAAAGUACCAGUACCUCAACCUUAUCCUGUUAAUAAACCUGUACCUGUACCUGUUGAGAAACCUGUACCUUAUCCAGUCAAAGUUCCAAUCGACAAACCAUAUGUCGUUGAAAAGGAAGUACCUUAUCCCGUCGAAAAGGAAGUACCUUAUCCCGUGAAAGUUCCAGUUCCUGUACCUGUUCAUGUUAAGGAGGAAUCAGGAGGAGGAUAUGAAGGUUCAGAAGGUUAUCAAGGUCAUUCGGGAGGUUAUGGUAGUUACGAUUACUCCUCUCAUCAUGGCUGAAUACCGAACUUCGUUUUCAUUAUUCUCCUUAACUUUACUAUCCCCAUUUCUUCAAAGUCAAAGAAUUAUAUCCAAGAAUUCUUUCGAUAAAAAACUCGAGAAUUCAAUAUGGAUUUAACGUUCCAAAGAAUAAAUAAAUUAAUCAAUUCGUCGAAUAAUAAGGGACAAAAUACUUACUGUGAAGUAUGCUUUAUAUACGAAAUAAAUGAACGAUAUAAUAUCUAAUGAGAUCAAGAAAGAUUAGAAGAGAC